UUAAAACAUCCUAACAUUCAAUAUGCGUGUACUGCAUUCCCAUGCAUUUUGGCGUCCUUGGACAAACAAAAACUAGACGUCUAAAAAUAGUUAGAAACCAUCAAGUAAUUCAUUAUAAAAAAUAGGAAAACAAAAAAAAAACUUGUGAACUUAAUUGUCGAUAUGUUAAGGGAAAAGAUAUUGGUGUUAACAUUAUUUUCGAUUUAUUGCCUUUCAUCAGCGGCUGGACAAAACAAAUCCUUUUCUGCACUUUUCGCUUUUGGAGAUUCAAUACUAGAUACUGGUAACAAUAAUCGUCUUCUUACUCUACUCAAGGGAAAUUUUUGGCCAUAUGGUUGGAACUAUGACUAUAAGAUACCGACGGGCAGAUUUGGAAAUGGAAGAGUUUUCACCGAUAUGGUUGCUCAAGAGUUGGGGGUGAAAAGAGUUGUACCCGCUUAUCGCAGGUUGCGUCGCAUCAAGCCCGACGACCUUAAAACUGGCGUUUGUUUCGCAUCAGGUGGUUCAGGAAUUGACCAUCUUACAUCCAGAACACUGGGAGUUUUGUCCACAGGCGACCAAAUAGGAGAUUUCAAAAAAUAUUUGAAGAAACUAAAGAAUGCGACGAAAAAUAAGAAAGAAAUGAAAAAAAUAAUUUCAAACGCAGUGUUUCUUAUUUCUGAAGGAAAUAACGAUAUUGGAUACUUCGUGACUCCCGCUCGUCUACGAUUACGAUCCAUAGAUACAUACACAAGUGACAUGGUUUUUUGGACAAAAGCAUUCCUACAAGAUUUAUAUGAUCUUGGAGCGAGAAAAUUCGCGGUGAUGGGAGUGAUUCCGGUAGGAUGCUUGCCUUUCCAUCGCUUCCUAUUUGGUGGAGUAUUCGCAUGGUGUAACUUCAUGAUGAAUAGAAUUUCGGAAGACUUCAACACAAAAUUACAGAAAGCUCUUAUUGGUUACGAAGUAGAAAAAAGUUUUAAAGGUGCAAAGUUUGUUUACGUCGACAUGUACGGCUCUAUUAUGGAUCUUAUCAACCAUCCUAAGGCCUAUGGGUUUACAGAAGCGAAAAGAUCGUGUUGUUGUAUGGUGACAUCGAUAAUACCAUGCCGAAACCCGGAUGAGUACGUAUUCUAUGACUUCGCUCACCCCACCAUGAAAACCUAUGAAGUAAUAUCUAAACCUCUUGUCUAUCAGAUGAGGAAAGGCCUUGCAUGAUUUAGUUCCUUGUUUCUUACCAUGUUUAAUUUUAAUAUUCAUGUAACAGGCGACAAUAUCAUACAUGACGAUAUAUAUUCUUAGUAUAAAGAAUGUAUAAACCAGUGAUAUAUAAUUGUAUUGUCCUUUCUUCUAUAAUGUCACAGAACAAACGCGCUUGUCAAUAAAUGCAUGUAUGGUUACGGAAAUAACACAGAAGAGGGCUUUUAAAAACGA